UUUAGCAGCUGGAGCAGCAGCAGCAACAGCAGCACCCACCCGCCGCCCACGCUGCACGGCCCGCUGGCUGCACAUGUGCUACAGCCGCAUCCACAUGCGCUGCUGCCACCUGGUCAGCAGCAGCAGCAGUUGCAACAUCACCACCACCUCCAACAGCAGCAGCAGCAGCACCAUCACCAUCAUCCAGCACAGUUGGCCAGCAGCCGCAGCCGCCUCAUGUCGCGCAUCUUCUAAAGAUGCUGCACCUCGUAACUCGCCCCUUGCCCCUUGCCCCGCCUCCGCCCCUUGUACAUAUAGUGAAGCACAGUUGUCGUACGGUUAUGAUACAGCCCCAGCCACGGCCCCAACCCUUGCCCCCCUUGACUGCAACUUUCUAAAAGAUUGCGCCAGCAGUUGUUGUUGCCACAUGCAAGCAUUCGGCUGCUCCUUGAAGGCGACUGACAACACGACCAGAGGCAUUUAAUACCAAAGCAA